AUGUCUGAAUUGUUAAUUGAUCCACCAGACGAUGUUACGAAAUGGAACAUUGUGCCUAGUCAGCGUGACAUUUUGCGGUCUGAUGAAGUCUUCCUUCGGCCCAAUUUUGUAGGCCGAUCUUAUCCGGAUCUGGAAACGUACGUGGACGUACAAUUUCGUCUCCUGGCAGAAGAUUUUGUGCAGCCGCUUCGACAUGGAGUAGCAAAAUUACUCUCGGGAAAAUAUCAACCUCGAGACGUUCAUGAGUUGCGUAUUUAUGAAAAUGUCACCUUUAAACGAGGCGGACUUGUCCAGGAUCGACGAAGGGUGGUUCCGGAGCGGGAAUCAUCAUGGCGUAUCUACACUGUUAAUUUUAAGCAGCUACCGAGAGUCAACUGGAUCACAAGUCGGAGACUCAUUCACGGAUCGCUCGUUUGUCUUUGGGAUCCAACAUCAAACGAUUUAAUCGUAGCCAGCGUUGCACACAGUCACCCACAGGCAUUGGCUAGAGGCCAAGUUAUGUUAGCGAUUGAAUCCUUAGAUGAGCCAGACCACUUCCUCAAGAAGACGUACAUCAUGUUAGAAGCAGUGAUAUUCUUUGAGCCUUAUCGAGCUGUGCUUCAAGUACUGCAGAAGUUUACCAAGGAUUCUUUCCCAAUGCUUCCCUAUUUCCUUGGCACCCAGACGGAUCACACACCUCCGUCUUAUAUAACACAGUUUUUUACUUACGUCCUGCCCAACAGUGAAGGCUCGUCUCUAGGCAUUGAAAACCUGACUGAUUUUUCUGCGUGGCCAAGUGCAAUCAAAUUAGGCUUAGACAAGAGGCAACACGAAGCUCUGUACACGGCUCUUACCAGCCGAGUGGCUUUGAUUCAAGGGCCACCUGGAACCGGGAAGACUUUUUUAGCCCUCCGAAUUCUACAAACGUUGCUGGCCAAUAAAAGCUUUUGGCAAGGAACAAAUUAUGGAGAACAAAGUGCAAAAUCGCAAAUUUCCACGUGCGGAAUUAUUAGUAGGCGUCAAAGUUGGCACGUUAAAAACAAAAUUUUCUGGGAGAACUACUUGGGAGAUUGGCGCGAUGAUCGAGCCCCUGUUGUCGUCAUCUGCUUUACGAAUCAUGCCCUCGAUCAAUUUUUGGAAGGUGUCCUUCGUUCGACCGAUAAAAUAAUAAGAAUUGGAAGCCAAUCCAAAUCGCCCAUCUUGGAGAAUUUCUCUUUGCUGAAAGUGAAAUCCAAAGUCAGGGAGGCUCAGAAUAACGGACCGUAUUCAGAGACGAACUAUCUUUAUUAUUUUCACAAAAUGAAAAAGCUUCGAGUCAAUAUGGAGAUGCAAAUUGGUUUUAUCCAACAAAAUAUUCGCAAAACUUAUUCUGAGAUCUUCCAAAUCGCUGACCUGAAACGACGAGGUGUCAUCAGCGCUGAAAUUUGCCAUGUCUUUGAGAAAGCCGAAAGACAUUGGGUCAGGCGCAAACGUAAAGAAAAUGUUCUGGAAUGGUGGUUAGGCUGGAAUAACCACCGUCAACUUCUCAAAGUAUUCCGAGAGACGCGAAUGGAAAAUCGAAACCAAAUGUGUGAAGUGUUCGCUGUCAUUACGGCGGAUAAAAGCGAUUCAGCCGAUGAUCAACAUCUAGAAGACAAUUGUGAAGAAUCCGAUUUGACCGCUAUUGAUUCAGUUGAGGACAUCUUUAUAGAUGACGAAGACUUUCAAGAAGAGCUUCGUGUAGCGCAAGAAAAAACGAAAUUAAAAACUACGCCUGAUGAAGGCUCUGAGAAAAAAGACACAAAAUUACAUUUUGACAAGACGGCAGUAACUUUAGAAGAGGGAACGCUCAUCGAUUUUGCAAAUAAUCAAUUGCACCGAAUGGAAAGAAUUAAAUUGUUUAAUGAACUCAAAGGCCAAGCCCUAGCAGCCCUUUGUCGAACUGCCGACGUCAUUGGCAUGACAACCACUGGAGCAGCCAAAAACCGCUUGCUACUGGAGUCACUUAAAGCGAAAAUUGUUAUAGUGGAAGAAGCAGCCGAAGUGCUUGAAACGCAUAUUGUUUGUUCACUGACACCUGAUUGCCAGCAACUGAUUAUGAUUGGGGACCACCAGCAGCUACGACCGUCAGUAAACGUGUACGACCUAGCGAAAAAAUAUCAACUGGAUGUGUCGUUAUUUGAACGACUCAUCUUGGGCGGCCUGAAAGCUGUUAGACUGGGCGUACAGCACCGAAUGCGACCCGAAGUAGUGCGACUCAUCGUUCCUGCCAUCUACGAAGAAUUGGAAAAUCACUCUACCGUCUACGAUCACCCCCAUGUUCCGGGAAUGCAGCACGAUGUCUUCUUUUACCAUCACAACUAUCCGGAGCAGGAAGACGGAAGUAGCUUUUACAAUCGUCAUGAAGUCGAUAUGUCUCUCCGAUUGGCUAUUUAUCUCAUCCGUGAACAGAAAAUCUCUCCCCAACAAAUCACCAUCUUGGCCACAUACACCGCCCAGCUUCAUCAGUUUUUGAAUUCGCGCAAAUCUUACGCAUUACUAGCGGAUGUCCGUAUAACGGUCGUCGAUAAUUUCCAGGGCGAAGAAAACGAUGUCAUUAUUCUUUCGCUGGUGCGAAAUAACAGCCGGAACUCUGUCGGCUUCCUCCGCACUGCUAAUCGUGUUUGUGUAGCAUUGUCUCGUGCCCGAAACGGCCUCUACAUUCUCGGGAAUAUUCGAAUGCUAGCUAAUGCAAGCCCUGUCUGGGCUGACAUGGAGAAAGUGUUGAAAGAACACGACCAAAUCGGCGAGGAGAUUCCACUGCGAUGUGACCGCCACCAUGAAAUCGUCCGUAAAGUCAAACGGUCCAAUGAUUUCCCUAUCGGAUCGUUUUGUCGCGAGUUGUGCGGUGCAGAGCUUCAGUGCGGCCACCUUUGCAAAAUCAUCUGUCACCCGGAUGAACUACAUACAAGCAGUUGUCCCGAAAUAAUCACCAAACUAUUGGCCUGCGGACAUAGCUAUUCUGGGCCCUGCUCAAGAAAUUCCGAAAACGUGUCCUGCCCAGAGUUUGUGAUCGUGACCAAGGAACCGUGCAUGCACGAAUUUAAAAUUCCAUGUUCCAAGCUACAAAAAGGCGAGUUCCCAGGCUGUCCUUUCCCGGAGAUGAAGAAACUUCCUUGCGGACACAUCCAGCAGCUUCCGUGCUCUACGCCACUGGAUGCCUCUCUCUGUGAUACGCAAGUGGAGUUUGAGAUGUCGUGUUUGCACCUGAAAACAAUUCGAUGCGGUUUGCCAGCAGACGAUCGACAAAAGCUAGCUGCUUACUGUACGGAGCUGGUGCGUAAGAAACUUUUAUGUGGCCAUCCGAAAUGGAUGAAAUGCAAUGAAGAUCCGACGGAAUUCGACUGUGGCGUUGACGCUGAACGUCUUCUGGAUUGCGGGCAUCUUUUCCAGUAUGCAUGCCCCGGGAAAUCCAUGGAUGCUUUUAUUUUAUCUUGUGAGCGCACUGUCGAUCAACAAAUGCCAUGUGGCCAUACGCAGAAAAUUACGUGUUCUAAACCGCUUACACGGUGCCUUGAAGAAAUCGUUCGAGUUCUCGAAUGUGGGCACAGCGUUAAAAGCGCUUGCUGGAACACGACACCAACCUGUACGGCGAUUGCAGAGAAGACAUUGGCGUGCGGCCACCAGCAGUCUGUCCAAUGCAAUAUCGACUCGGUUGUUUGCAUCCAACUGUCCAAAGUCCUUCAUCCCGUUUGUUCGCAUUUACAAUUCGUUCCCUGUUUGAUGACCAAAGAUGAAACUUAUUUGGGCAACUUGAAAUGCAAAACGGAGGCAUUGAAAAUGCUAAACUGUGGGCACGAAAUUCUGUUUCCUUGUUCCCAGGACAUCGAUGAAAACGUUGUCUGUACUUCCUCGAUUAGUUUUACGCUUCCGUGUAACCAUACGGUCAAAAUUCCAUGCAUUUCGAGUGAUAGCACGAAAGGAGAAAUGCAGAAAAAGGAGAAAUGCAAAGCGAAAUGCAGAGCCCCUCUUGAUUGUGGCCAUGGUUGUUUGCUGCGUUGUCACGACCAGGCAAUUGCGCAUGUUUGCAAUCAAAUAGUUUCAAAACAACUGGAAUGCGGUCAUUAUACGGAAAUGCAGUGUUCCCGCCAACCGUUCGAUGAGGUAGUCUGUCGCGUACCCGUCUCCGUUCAACGUGCUUGCCGUCAUGCGUGGAUGACCGAAUGUGUGAAUAGGUCUUCGAAAGACGUGCCCGUCUGUCGUGAACUAAUAAAGAAAAAAUUGCCCUGCAAUCAUUUGGCAUUGGUUGAAUGUUCCGCAUCGACUGACGAAAUUUUCUGCAACGAGAAAUGCGAACAUGUCCUGGAUUGUCAACACAGUGUACCUACUAAAUGUGGAGUAUCGCUGAAUAAGAGGAAAUUGUUGACCUGCAGGGUUAUGGUGGAGAAGGAGGUCCCGAAAUGCGGUCAUAAAGUCACGAUUGAGUGUGAAAAGCAAGUGUCCAAAUACGACUGCCAACAAGAAGUCGAGCUGGAACAGAUAAGGCUUUCUUGUGGUCAUUCUUUACGAGCGGAAUGUCGACUUCGUUAUGCUGAUAAAACUGCCAUUGUGGAAGCUACGAUGAAAGCGGCAAAGUGUCUUGGUCGUUGCCGAGCAAAACUCAGUUGUGGUCACCAAUGUACCGCACGCUGUCACGAAUGCCAGGCAAACGGACUCCAUUCAGUCUGCACUCAGCGUUGUAAUCGUGCUCUUAUAUGCGGGCAUAUGUGUGAAGCCAAAUGCACUAAAGUGUGUCCUCCGUGCAAGAAACCUUGCGGAUACCAAUGCUCACAUCAAAAGUGUUCAGCAUCAUGUGGCGAUGAAUGUUUCAUGUGCAUGGAAACUUGUGGCUGGAAAUGCCAGCACGCGAAAUGCACCCAUCCCUGCUACGAAUUUUGCAAUCGGGAACCUUGUGACGAGCCUUGUCACAAAACCCUACCUUGUGGUCAUCGAUGUGACAGCGUCUGCGGUGAAAAUUGCCCGCAAAAAUGUUUGUCUUGUUCUGGUAACAAAAUACCAAACUUCAAUCAGAGAUCCAGGUACAUUUAUCUGGAAUGCGACCACUGGAUCAAAUUGAAGGAAAUGGACGAGUGGGUGAAUCGAAAGGAUGAGAGUGAAGAGCCCAUCCGCCAAAUCCGUUUCCCUUCGUGUCCGCAGUGCAGAAAGGCGAUCCGACAGUGUUUCCGCUAUGGUGACCAAAUCAAAGCCUUCCAUUUGGAUUUGAUUGGCAUAAAAUGGGUCUUUGUCAAGGACGACACGAUCCGCGUUGUCGAAAAAAUCAAGCAAGCACUGAACAAAUGGAAACCGCAAAUAGCGGAAACAGAAGAUGACGACCGCAUCAAGUCAACUUUUUUUCGUCUAGAGUGUCGUUCUAAGUGCAACACUUUGAGUAGCGAUCAACGUUGGGACCUGAUUUAUCGGAUUCAGUUAAUCUACCUAAUGUCUUGCAUGCGCAACGAUUCAAAGAAGAAAUACGCGAUGAAAAAGAACGGGAAAAAAGAAGAAUUUAAUCUAAACGAGUCGUCAGUGGAACACAUUCUGUGCGAGAUUUCCAGCGCAUUCCUCUACAUGGAGAAAAAUUCGAAUUCUGGAUAUGGAUACUAUUUCGACUUGUUCAUUGCCUUGAAACGGAUGGAUUUGUAUCGACAAUACUACGCUGUCAAUUCCCUGUCGGAAAGACUCCCGAAAUCCAGUCGCGUCAAUCAGAGGCAACUAGAGGAAGUCGCCCAACUACUAAACGCCAAUCAACAAUUGACCGAUGCUGAAGAAAACUUCCUUGCGAAUUGGUUCGAAGAAAAAUCGGCUUUUUACGGGAUUAAUUUAACGAGUUCAUUUAAUCGUGCUAACGUCCAGCUCGUACAACGUCUCGACAUGAGCAAAGAAACGUGGUACAAGUGCACUCGAUCGUUUUGUGAGGCGGUCUUCUCCAAAACAUGCGACAAAAAAUGUCCCGAAUGCUUGGAAGAAAUUGAGGCUUGAUUCAGUUAAGUUUUUUAAUUAUUGUUUAAGUUGUUUAACUGCCGUAGUUCCAUUUGCUUUAUGUUUAAUUAUUUAC